CGCGCGCUACGGACGUGUUCGCCCCAACGCCAGCGCCAGCGCAGUGCGUUCUGUGUCCGCUCCGCGCCGCGUGUGGUUCCUCGUGCUCUGCUGUGCCACUCUACGCCGUGUUUACCUACUCUCGGCCGCCCCGAGGAGGACCGCCGCGCUCGGUGAUGCUGUGUGCGUUGUGGUGGGAUCGUCGCGAGAAGACUUACAACACGCCCUGCUAGAGGCCGCACAGUUAGCCGGAGGGGCCUUCUAGCAGACCGACUGAUAAAUCCACCUGGAUCACAACAAAGUUGGGGUACCAGGAGCUUGCUUCGUGCUUCCACAAAGGCAUCAUCAUUUCUGCGGAAGGUCUCGCCAAAGCACAGUGGGCAAUGUCACGUUGAUAAAAUGGUAAUGGUGACGUGCUCGAGGUGAAAAUAACCAGAAGAAUUGAGGUUAACUUCUCGCAGUUCACACUGGUACACUACAUCUACGAACAGCAAAUUCUUAAAUGUGCUGACGUCACACCCCGGGGCGACGCGCCAGCGCGGAGCAACCGCCGUUCUACUCAUGAGACACAUGCCGCGCGGGGGACGCCGCCGCGGCCAUGUUGAAAUGGCAGCAACAGCAGCCGGCGCACCACCAGCCGGGCCAGGGCCUGCAGCACCAGCACCAGGCCGCUCGCCGCCGCCACCCCCCGCACCAGCAGCCGAUGCAGCCUCCCGCAGCGCCGUGCAGCGCCGCUCCUGCCGCUGCCCCUGCCAGGAAGACUGGCCCGCCCAGCGAGUCUUCGGACGCGCCGUCGGCGUCCAGCACCACCUCAGCACCCAUCACCGUCCGCAUGCCUGGUGCAGAUGACUGUGCGGAUGCGAGGCUGCCGGUGUGGCUGGGUCCCCGCGUGGUGUGGGUGGCGGGCGUCGGCCGGCGCACCACCUGCGAUGACGUGGUGGAGGCGCUGGGCGCCAGCCCCAGGGACUACGUCAUCGCGGAGCGCUGGGGCCGCGUGGAGCGCCGACUCGACGGCAGCUCGCGCCUGCUCAAGCUGUGGAGCGCCUGGGGCGACGCGCAGGGGCAGGUGCGGCUGAUCCUGAGACAUGCGGACGACGUGCAGCAGGCAGCGAACAGCAGCCGUCGACGAUCGCACCACCAGCACCGCAGCCGACCCCGCAGCCACCACCACCAUCACCACCACCGCCACCAGGAACAGCACCCGCGUGGCGUGGAGCGCCAGCAGAAAGAGGACGAGGACGGCAACACUGCCACGGUGCGGCGGCUGCUCCGGCUGGUCUUGGAGCAGGGGGAGACCAUCGCGGAGCAGCUGGCGCGCCUGGGCGAGCGCGACAGGCAGAUCAGCUCGCUGGAGCUGCGCACGCACCGCCGCCGCCUCAAGCGGCUCGGCUCCAACUACCUGCUGGAGGCGUACCUCGGGCCCGGAGCCGCGGACUCUGCGCGCGCCGACGGCACUGGCAGCGAAGCGCCGCCGGCGAUGGGGGCGGCGGGGGCGGAGGACAGCGGCGUCGUCAGCGACACGUCGCCUGCCGCCACCAGCUCGGGGACUGCCGACUCGCCGCCUGUCACGCAUCCUCGCGUGCCUGUGGACCACGAUCACGACCACGACGCCGAUCUCUCGGACGACGCCGUCAGCUCGGAUGACUCGGCGGUUCCGGACGACCUCUCGGAGCGUGUGGAGCUGAUGGAGCGGCUGGUGCAGCUGAACAGGCGCCUGGAGCGGGAGGAGUCGGCGCUGGUGCGGUUGACGCUGCAGGUGCGCUCGCUGCAGUCCCAGCAGCCGCAGCCCCGCCACGAGGAGCCUCCAGCCGGCGGCGACGAGCUGGAGGUGCGGCGCGUGCUGCUGGAGCGGCUGGAAGCGGCGUCGCGCCAGCUGGAGCGCGGCCGCGCCGAGCUGCAGAGCAACGAGAGCGCGCUGGCCAGCGCCGACGCGCAGCUGGCGGAGCGCCGCCACCGCCUGCACCAGCUGGAGAGCCAGCUGCACCUGCUGGACUCCAGCCUCGACUCCAACUCGGACACGGGGCUCAGCUCGCUGCACAGCGGCAGCGAGGAGGCCGACGCCCUCUGCCCGUGCCCGCCGUGCCCGCCACCACCACAGCUGCAGCUGCAGCCGCACCCGCUCGACACGCUCGUCUGACCUGAAGGCAGACAACCCACGUCCCAGUUACCAGCCACGCGCCUGCCGCUGCAACCACGCUUUCAUUACCAGACUACCGCAGUCACCGGCAAUAAAUGAUAGUACCUGGAAACUGUGUGUCAGCCUGAGUGGACACGAUAUCAUGUUUUACUGACAUACUGUAUCACUGAUCUUACUACUGAAAUCAUUGGUCUAUGCCUGCUUCUGGUUCUAUUAAUUAUUCAAAAUGUUUAUUGUUUUCCCCAUGUCAAGGACGUGAUAGAUUUAUUCCUUCACUAUUCAGAAUAGCACAUGCCCCCCCCCCCCCCAAAUCGUCUUUUAUGGUCAUUUGCUCUCUAUCCUCCUCAUCUAAUGCCUCCCACUAUUCCUAUGUGUGUAGGUCAGUGUGCUCACCAACCUGGCAGGAAUAGCUCACAGCUAACACCUCAUGUCAUUUUAUACAUUACUUUUAUUUUAGAUACGCUUUCUUUAAAAAAACCAAACAGUUAUCCUAACUGGUUAUUGAUGGCUGCCCCAAAAAAAAACAGUUACCAUUCUUGCGUUUACAAUAUGUUCCCUUAACAUGUUGAAUAAAAACUGCUGCAACUGUUGUAAAUCCUGUUUACGUAAUUUUAAAUUACAUCAUCAGGUGAAAUUAUGUGGUCAGGUCACAUCUGCAGUCCAAUCCUCACCAAAUAAUACUUGCGCCUGACGAUGUAAUUUUAAAUUAUGAAUCUGGUUAUGCCUUUAAUAAAAGAUUUACAACAUCUGCAGCGGUUUUUAUUUAGAAUGGAAAACUUUGCUCGUGGAUACCCAUCCAGUAAAUUGUUAUGUUCAGUUUCUUUAAGUUAAGUCUUCAGAACGAAUACCUUUCAGUGACCCAGCUCAGCAGGUAUUUAUACAUGUUUUAACAUGGUUCACAUGAAAGACACAUUAAAACAUUAGAGGAAUCAUCGCCCAAGGUGUUAUUUUUGAACAAACUCGCAAUCACUUUUGUCCAUAUAUUCGCCAUCUUAAGAAUAUGUAGUUUUCCAAUGCAUCAGAGAAACAGCUGCUGACUGCAAAUCACAGUCUAUGAUAAAAAAAAAUGUAAUGUACAACUGCUCA